AUGGCGGGCGUGCUCAUGCUGCUAUCCCGAGACGGGGCCCACUACGAAGGCAGGGAAAUGGGCCUGGGCCUUUCGGGCCGCUCGCAGCCGGGCCGAGUGUUUGAAUGCAAGACCUGCAUCGGAGGCCACCGGGCCAGCCACAAGAAGCCCAGGAUGAGCGAUAGUGGGCCGGGCCAGGGAAAGCCCAGGGUGCACGAGUGCUCGGUCUGUGGGCUUGAGUUCGCCAUCGGGCAGGCCUUAGGAGGCCACAUGAGGAGGCACAGGGCCGACGGAGGCGUGCACGUGCACGAGCAAGUGCAAGUGCACGGGCGUGGGGAGAAGAAGAGGGUGUGGCUGGACUUGAACUUGCCGGCGCCGGAGAAUGAGAUGGAAUGUAGGAAGAAUAUGGGGUUUGGGAUUGAGAUCGGGGAGAAGAUUCCAAUGGUGGAUUGCUUCCAUUGA